UGUCGGAAAAUUAUCAGAAACGAAAAGGCCUCUUUUACAUUGCAUUGUAUGGAAACGGAAAGUCAGUACAGUGAUAAAAACUGUACCAAAGCCUCGCCCGUCUGUAUUGAUGCGUCAAGUUGUGGUGAAGCCGUAGGCAUGAGAGAUCUCUGAAAACGGUAGAAAUGAUGUUUUUGGUGAAGAUUGAGAAAAAUAAAUUGUGUGGGGCGUUAAAGUGCGAUGUAUAAAUUGUAUUUAACAAAUGAACAUCAGUUUUGAUGGAUAAAUGUAGUUCAGAUGCUGAGUUUGAUUCAUACUGGGACUAUGAGGCCAAAAAUAAAAAUAGAAAUAGAAUAAGAGUUGGUCGGCAGUAUCAAGCCACUGUGCCUCCACUUCUCAAGCCAGGUGAAAAAGAUGGCAGAAAAUGUGAGGAAUUAGAAACAUUGAAAUGGAAACCAGGCCAAUUAAGCGAGCAGGAAGUUGAGCAAUAUUUGUCUAUGGCUAAGGGUAUUGGAUUAUUUGCUAAAGCUGUUGAUAGCCCUAAAAUUCCUGAAAAGUCAGACAGUUCUUUACAGUCAGCCAUUAAAGGAUUGUCUGAAUUUGUUGCUUCCCACCACCCAUGCCAUCAUGAUGAUGGUUGCCAAGUUCCAAAACCAUCAUCGUCAGGUGAAACAGAUUCAAAAGUAAACGCAACCAACGACUGGUCUCCAUCAGAAGCUCAAUUAUUUGCUCAAGCUCUGGAAGCCUGCGGGAAAAAUUUUUGUGCAAUUAAAAAAGACUUUGUAAGUUGUGGCAUUAAAUUUCCGAAUUUAAUAAUUCCUUUAUUAGUUAUUAUAAUGUGAAAACGACAGUUGUAU